CUACACCCUGUCUCCUCUCUCUCCUCCUUUCUACUUCUACCUGCCAUUCUUUGGAUUAAAAUAAGACAGAGUGGGUUGAAUCUUUAAAAGACUGUUUUCUCUCUAUAUAUAUUAUAUCAUAUCCAAAAUCAUCAAUUUUUUCUCUUCAAAUUAAAUAUGGAGCUGGGGUUGAGCUUGGGAGAUGCAUCAAAAUCUCCAGUUUUGCUGAAAGAGAACAACUCCCCAAAUCAGAAGCAAAAUCAAAGCGGCCUCGAUUUCUGCAUGUCUUUGGGGCUCACCUCCAAGUCCAACAAUCAAGAAAACGACGACGUAUCGGCGAGUACUGAUGAAACUCCUCUCCAGUUGAAUCUCCUACCUCUUGCUCCUCUGCCUCGCCAGAUUUCGUCUCGACUUUGGUGUUCCGAUAAUGGGAGCUCGGAAAAUGGAUUUGACGUGAACCGGACGGAGGAGGCCUCGUCGGCAAACAGCAAGCGAGAAUUCGAGGCGGACGACGACGACGGCCUCAACGCUCGCAAAAAGCUCAGAUUGUCGAAAGAGCAAUCCGCUUUUCUCGAAGACAGCUUCAAAGAACACAACACUCUCAAUCCUAAACAGAAAGUGGCGCUUGCGAAACAGCUGAAUCUACGAGCCCGGCAGGUGGAGGUGUGGUUCCAGAACAGAAGAGCGAGGACGAAGCUGAAGCAGACGGAGGUAGACUGCGAGUAUUUGAAGAAAUGCUGCGAAACGCUAACUGUUGAAAACAGAAGAUUGCAAAAGGAAUUGCAAGACUUGAGAGCGCUCAAAACUUCUAAUCCAUUCCACGCAGCCACCACUCUCACCAUGUGCCCCUCCUGCUCCGCCGCCAAGGUCAUUCCGUUUCCGCUAGCCAGGCCCAGGUUUUAUCCGUUUCCGACGCAUCCGAAUCAGCCCGCCGCCUCCUGAUUACUUAUAUUAGUGCUACUUGUAAAUAUACAUGGAAAAAACUAAAUUAGCUACCUAGGUCCUUCAUGUGUUUGGUUUGAUGGUGAUGGAUUGAGCAAAUUUUUCAGCUCUUACUAUGUUGAUUCUUGAUUGUGUAGGAGAAUACAAUUAUACAUAAAUUAGUUCCGGACAAAAUUCCAGUUGAUUGAUUACUAUUGCCUUGCAUUGACUUCUGAAUGGAAAUAAAACUGCUUUCUCA